AUGCUGCGCACCGUCUUCGCGGUCACCCUGUGCAUACUUGCCCUUCAAUGCUACUCUGCGGCUGCCCUGGCCCCGCACCUGGAAUGUGAACCUUUCUGGGAUGCUAUCACCUACUGCAGCGGUGACAGCGCCGUUGGACUCUGGGAGCGCAGGUGCGAUCUGCAACCCCUCAACAGGGCGCACUACAUCGCCUCCGGCAGGAGUGGCGCCAGCUACGAGCCGACCUCGGACGGCCAGACUUUCGGACCGAGCACUUGCAGAACCUCCGGCGCUACCGCCACUAGCACGCAGACCUGCUGCUCUGGUCUUGCUAAAGUUGCCGGAUUCUGCCAGCCGGUCAAGAGGUCCUCUGAUUCGGAGGUCGAGGUGAAGAGGCAAACCUCUAGCCUGGUUACCGGUUAUGAGAGGUGCCACCACCACUGGUCUCUGACUGGUCCGGCCAGCUACGAGGGCAACUGUUUCAUUCGCCGUCUGUCAACCCACCUGCCCGCCAACUACAUUAUCUGGAACGACAAAAAUCUUGCCAACUGCAGCGGAGAGCCUGUUGCCGUGGCCGAUUCGCUCACCUUUGGCUCCGCUGUUCCUUCGCGAGUGGAUGCGAACGGUUUUGUCAACAUCGACAAGUGCCAGAGCAACAUGAACUGGUGCCACUGCUGCUCUAAGAAGAAGCUGAGCCCUCUCUUCGGCAGCUUCGAGUACGCUGCGGGUCCUGGCCUCGACAUGGACGCCUUUGACGGACUCGAUUCCGGCACCACAUUCUUGGAUGACUACAUCGUCUCCAAGCAAAAGGUCGACCUAGACGGAGGCUGCUCCAGCGUCGUGCCGAGUUUCAGCAAGUACUUCCGGGAGAAGAUGGGCUUCUGGACGGAGUGCGAGACGCUCACGUUUGGACCUCUUCUUGGCGGCGUGUCGUCAGGACCAACUCCACUUGUAGCUACUCCAAAGAUCAAGCGGAAAGAGGGUUUGUUCAGUGCCUUCUGGAUCGGAUGA